AAAAUACUCUCAUCGUUCUGGGUUUAUCAAGUUCCACACCUUUCGGGAACAAGUUUGAUCAAGAUGUUGCUCCUAUUCGAAACGGCAGCAGGUUUCGCGCUCUUCAAAGUACUGCAGGAAAACAAGAUACAGGAGACAGAGGACUUAUGGCAGGAUUUUCAAACUCUGGACGCAGCACAGAAGGUUGUGAAAUUGAAGGCUUUUAGUAAGUUUGAAAGCACCAUCGAUGCCCUGGCAGCAGCAACUGCUCUGGGAGACAGCAAGCUGAGCAAAGAUCUGAAGAAGUUCUUGAAGAAGAAUGCGGAUGGGAAGACACUCGGAGUGGCAGAUGCCAAGCUGGGCAGCAUCAUCAAGGAGAAGCUUGGCAUCCCCUGCAUCUACAGCAAUGGGGUGCAAGAGCUGACCAGAGGCGUGCGCAGUCAGAUUGAGGGCCUCAUCAGUGGUCUUGCUGGCGGCCAGGACUUGACUCCCAUGUCUCUGGGUCUCAGUCACAGCCUGUCACGGUACAAGCUGAAGUUCAGCCCAGACAAGGUUGACACCAUGAUUGUGCAAGCCAUCGGGCUGCUGGAUGACCUGGACAAGGAGCUGAACACAUAUGCGAUGCGGGUGCGCGAGUGGUACGGCUGGCAUUUUCCAGAGAUGACCAAGAUCGUCACAGACAACAUUGUCUACGCCAAAGUGAUCAAGCUGAUGGGCACACGCGAGAACGCAGUGGACAAGGACUUCUCGGGCAUCCCACUGGAGGAAGAAGUGGAAGAGGAGCUGAAGGAGACAGCAGUCAUCUCCAUGGGCACAGAGAUCAGCCCUGUUGACCUGCUCAACAUCAUCUCCCUCUGCGACCAGGUGAUUGCACUGGCAGAGUACAGGGCGCAGCUGUACGAGUACCUGAAGAGCCGGAUGAUGGCCAUCGCCCCCAACCUGACAGUACUGGUGGGAGAGCUCGUCGGCGCGCGCCUCAUUGCUCACGCUGGCUCUUUGAUCAACCUGGCCAAGGCGCCUGCCAGCACAGUGCAGAUCCUGGGCGCGGAGAAGGCCCUCUUCAGAGCGCUCAAGACAAAGCACGAGACGCCAAAGUAUGGGCUCAUCUUCCACGCCAGCUUGAUAGGGCAGGCGGCGCCCAAGCACAAGGGCAAGAUCAGUCGCGUGCUGGCCGCAAAGUGCGCCCUCUCCAUUCGCGUGGACGCGUUAGGAGACGUCGCAGAUGCACACGUGGGUCUGGAGAGCAGAGCAAAGGUGGAGGCGCGGCUGCGCCAGCUGGAGGGCAAGAUGCUGGCAUCGGACAGCGCAAAGCCGCGCGCCGACAAGGGCAGCAUCCCCAAGUACGACGCGGCGCGGCAGGGGGAUGCCGGCCCAGCGCUCAUCACCGCGGCCAAGGCAUACAACCCGGACGCUGACGUCACCGCUGACGCCGGCAAGGAGGAGAAGAAGCGGAAGAAGAAGAAGGCGGCUGCCGCAGAGGCAGAGGCAGCCACGGCAGAGCCCAAUGGGGUUGCAGAGGCCGGUCCCUCAGAGGCAGCCCCUGCAGCAAUCAACGGCGGGGAGGAGACAGGCGAGAAGAAGAAGAAAAAGAAGAAGAGGAGCGCUGAGGAGGCAGCUCCGCCAGAUGCUGCAGAGACAGCAGAGCCUGUGAAGAAGAAGAAAAAGAAGGAUGCUGCAGCAGUCAACGGUGAUGCAGCGCCCAGCACUGAGAAAAAGAAGAAGAAGAAGGCAAAGGUGGAGAGCACCUGAGUGUUGCUGAGGACCCUCCUCAGUGUGACCUGCAACGCAAUUGACUGGUUGCCAGACUGCAUGCAGUUGUGUGUGGUUUUGCUAAGAGCAAUUUUACAAAGAUCCAUGGAGAAUGCAUCUGAGCUCUCAACUCGAGUCGGGGUCUGGAGAAAAGAUCAUGUUUGUUCUACAGACAAUUUUCUUGCGAUCAAGACACGAGACUGUCUCACAAGAACCAGCUCAUUUGCUUCACUGUGGUGAGUGAGUUGUGUGAAGCCAAUGUUAUGUCAUUGCAAGUACUAGGUGAAUGCAAGUACUAGUUGAUUUCAGAGUCUAUGUAAAUAGCUGAAGACUUGAC